AUGAUGAGGUGCUGGAUUUUGAAUGAAAGCCUCUCCGUCAUAUUGGCACUCUCAUGGCUGGGAGUGAAUUUAUAUCUGUUUAUUGACACAUUCUAUUGGUAUGAAGAGGAAGAGUCGUUCCUUUACACACGAGUUCUUCUGGGUUCCACACUGGCUUGGGCUCGAGCAUCUGCUGUGUGCCUGAACUUCAACUGCAUGCUGAUCCUACUACCAGUCAGCAGAAACCUCAUUUCAUUCAUUAGAGGGACAAGUAUCUGUUGCAGAGGGUCCUGGAGGAGACAAUUAGACAAAACCCUCAAAUUCCACAAACUCGUUGCCUAUGGGAUAGCCAUCAAUACAGCUAUUCACAUCGUGGCACAUUUAUGCAACCUGGAGCGCUACCACGCCAGCCAGGCGGGGGAAGCAGGUGGACUUUCAGCUGCACUUUCCAAACUUGGAGAUGCCCCGCAUGAGACCUACCUGAACCCCAUCCGGAGUGCAGGCGCAAACACCCCUGCUGCAUUGCUGACCACCAUCGCAGGCAUCACCGGCCUGGUGACCACACUGGCCCUCAUCCUGACCAUGACCUCGUCCACCGAGUCCAUCAGACAGGCCUCCUAUGAGCUGUUCUGGUACACACACCAUGUUUGCAUCCUCUUCUUUAUCAGUCUGGCUGUCCAUGGGGUAGGUCGGAUGGUUCGAGGCCAAACCCCAGAGAGUCUGCAGCUGCACAACAUCACCUUCUGCAGAGACCACUAUGCUGAAUGGCAGGCAGCCACGCCCUGCCCUGUACCUCAGUUUUCUGGCAAGGAACCUUCGGCUUGGAAGUGGGUCUUAGGCCCUGUGGUUCUGUACAUGUGUGAGAGAAUGAUUAGAUUCUGGAGAUUUCAACAAAAGGUGGUCAUUACCAAGGUGGUGAGCCAUCCAUCUGGAGUCCUAGAACUUCAGAUGAGAAAGCGUCACUUUAAGAUGGCGCCGGGACAAUACAUCUUGAUCCAGUGCCCAUCCAUCUCCCGCCUGGAAUGGCACCCAUUCACCCUCACCUCCGCUCCCCAGGAAGACUUCUUCAGUGUGCACAUCCAGGCCGCGGGGGACUGGACCGCAGCUCUGUGUGAGGCCUUCGGAGCAGAGGGCCAGGUCUCCAAGGAACCCGGGAGCCUGCCAAGGCUAGCAGUGGAUGGACCCUUUGGAGCCUCGCUGAUGGACGUGUUUCACUACCCAGUGAGCGUGUGCAUUGCUGCAGGAAUAGGGGUCACUCCCUUCGCUGCACUCCUGAAAUCUGUCUGGUACAAGAGUGAGUCAGAAACCCAGCUGAAGCUGAGCAAGGUGUAUUUCUACUGGAUUUGCCGGGAGCCCAGUGCUUUCGAGUGGUUUGCUGAUCUCUUACUGUCUCUGGAAACACGUUUGAGUGAGCAAGGGAAAGCUCACUGUCUGAGUUAUCAUAUAUUUCUCACUGGAUGGGAUGAAAACCAGGCUAUUUACAUAGCUUUACACUGGGAUGAAAAUACUGACGUGAUUACGGGGUUAAAGCAGAAAACCUUCUUCGGAAGACCCAACUGGAAUAAGGAGUUUCAGCAGAUCGCCUGCAAUCACCCUGGCAGCAACAUUGGUGUGUUCUUCUGUGGGCCCAAAACUCUCUCAAAGACGCUUCAAAGCAUGUGCCGCCUAUAUUCAUCCGCUGACCCCAGGGGCGUCCAUUUUUACUACAACAGAGAAAGCUUCUAGACUUAG